CAAUCUCUUUGGUCUAUGACAGCGCCAACAGCGCUCGACAGUCGUUCUGCUCAGUGACAAUCUGGCGUCUGCUCCAGUGUAUUGUGAUUGUCGUUUGUAAAAAGCUGAUAAAAUCUUGCGAGCGUCGCGUGACUUUUAUCGGUUAAAAGUGAACGGUCGCAUCGGCACCGAUAACAUCGCGCUGUUCUUUGUCAUCGACUCGAAGAAACGCCGGAAGCGGAGCGUAUCCGUUAAAUCGGAGCACAUCUGCGAGAAAGCGGAGGAGGAACGCGCGUCCCUCCGCUCACAGACGCAUCUCUCGGAAGGACGGUGCGAUCUCCCGCUGGCACUUGGCGUCGACGCGCGAAUCGGAUCGCACGAAUCCGUCGUCGCGUGAUCUCGUCCUUUCUCCCUUUUACCCUUCGCUGCGUGAGAAUUUCGACGAAGAGAGAGAAACAAAAUGGGAACGUUUUGCUACAACUUCGGCAAGUACGCGCUGGUGGCCGUGAGCUUCGUAUUUUUGAUACUUUUACAGAUUAUCGCGAUAGCGGUGAUAGUCCUGGCAACAUGGAUGCUAACGGACAAAACAUUCUUGGUGUCGAUUGCUCAAGAAGGCAACAAUUACGAUGUGGGUCUGUAUAUCCUGCUCGCCGCUGGUGUCCUCAUGUUCAUCGUCGCCUUCCUAGGCUGCUGCGGUGCUUUAAAGCACUCUCGCUGUAGUCUAAUCGCGUUCUUCGUCAUCAUGCUCGUCGUUAUCGUCGCGCAAAUUGCUUUCGCAGUCUGGCUUUACGCUCACAGCGAUCGUCUAGACGAACUAUUGAGAUCUUCCGUGAUAAACACUGUUAAGCACGAAUAUGGCACGGUAGAAUGUCGUACGCAAAUCAUGGACGCGAUUCAAUCCGGUCUUGAAUGCUGCGGAGCCACUGGACCUGCGGAUUGGGCCGGUAGCAAGUACGCGAGCAAGGAUCCCUCUCUUCCAAUUAGUUUGACUGUCUCUAGCGAUGCCAACAACAUAUUCAAAGUACCAGAAUCAUGUUGCAGAGAUAUAGGGAGUACUAUCUGUGAUGAGGGACGCAACAUGAAAAUUGCCGGAGUUGCGAGCCCUGCGAUCUACAGCGAGGGAUGCACGCAAAAAUUGGUGGACACGCUGAAAGGUCAAACUUAUCACGUUAUGAUUAUGGCAAUACUGGUUCUGAUCGUAGAAAUCUUUGGUUUGAUACUCGCUUUAAUUUGUUGCUGCGAAGGCGGUGCGUCGGACAGAUACAAAGCUUAAACUGAUGUAUCGUAUAUAUCACGUAAGAAUCUCUGUCUUGCUGAAUUCCCUCCCAUGUCCCAGUAAUGCCGUACGGAGAAUAUCGAAAUUUCAUUUUUCCGUGCCAAUAUGUUUUACAUUUGAUCAUACCGGGUGGCCGAAAUAGUCUCCUAAUUGUUACAAAAUAUGUUGGAUAACUAUUUCAUAGACUGUAUCAUCAUCUUGUGCGAAUUGGUACGCGUUAUUUUGGGACCAAAUCAAGAUCUUAUAUAUAUAUACAUAUAUAAUAUGAUAGCAUCAUUUUAUAAUUUUAUUUCUUUGUAAAUAACUUGAUAUUGAUGCAUUUUACAAUAUUGAUCUACAAUUUAUCUUUAUAACGUAAGAAAUAAUUCAUACCAGCAUGAAUAAUAUAAUAUAUCGAAUUUUUGAUUUAUUUAUCUUAAAAGGAUACAAAGAUAAAUUGUGCACACAGGUAUCUUUUUUAAAUUGAAAUAUAAUUAUAUGUAUGUAAUCUUUAUUGAGACAUGUACAUAAAAUUCAAAGAAAGAUUAUAUCCGUGCAAGAAAUUGAGGCUAUUGGAUAAAAGAUAAGGCAAAAUUAAUGAAAUAUUUGCAUUAAUUUGAAUAGGCUUAUACUAUUUGAUUUAAAUUGGUGCAAAUAUAAUCAUUUGAGAUAAGUGUAUAUAAGUCAUUCAAAAAAGAUUUUUGAGAGCAACAGCAGUACUGCAGAAAAAAGUCUGAUUAGAUAAAUGCUUCCUAAACAUUUUAAAUAUCGGUUACAUUUACUUCCACGAUAUUAUCGAAUUUUAAUAUUAUCUCAGUCCUUCUCAAUCCUUCAUCUACACAUCUGUAUAUCUUUUAUAUAUAUAUAUAUAUGCCGAUAUAAUAUAUAUACUCAAGAAGAGAAUCUUGAUUUUUUUGCGCGCAAAAGACAAAUUAAUUGAAGAACGCAAAUUUAAUGUUUGAAUGAGAACAUUUUAUAUUCGGUUUUUCCGAUUACUGCCAAAAUAAGAAUGCUCUUCUAUUAUAUACAGAUAUAUAUCUUUUCUAGUUUAAAGACUUAUAUAUAUAUAUAUAUAUAAGCAUUUAAUAUAUAUCUUUCACAAGGUACCUACAAAUCAGUUAGGUUUUCUUUGGGCCAAAGUAGUAAACCAAACUAGCGCAUUGCGUUGAUAUAUAAAGUGAAAAUUGUAUUUUAAAGUGAAAAUCGCAUAAUAUGAAGGAAAUAUUAUAGAAAUAUUAUUUCUACGACAAAAAGCACACAUAUUUUGUUGUAUCUGAUAUAUUUAUCUUACUAGCUUGUGUUUAAUAUUUUAAACAAUAUUAAACUGCAUUAUUAUAAGUUCUAAUUUUAUCUCAUUUAAUCGCCAAUAAAUUAAAAGCUGUGUUUUUAUUUAACUAAUCUUACUCAACUAUAGUUUUUAAUAAUCUGAGUACAGAAAUCUCACAUUAAAAGAUAUUAAAUUAAUAAUGUAUAUCGAUCCUCAUGUCUUACAUUUGUUAAUGUUCUCGACGCUUAAUCUCGUAAAUCAAAAUGAAUGAAAAAACAUCAACAUACUUACGAUAUCAUCAGUAGCUCCUGAUGUACUUUAAUCUGCAGCGCAAUCGUUAUAGUAUCUAGUCUAUAUAGAAAUGAUUAAUAUUAAUGUAUCAAUUUACUUGCUUUGUCUCAUGAUAUAUGUUAUAUUUUAUAUAUAUUAUUUUUUAUAUGUAUACAUAUAUUAAUAACGCGAUUAUAUUUAUAUAUGUUCUAUGAAAUAUAGCAGUAACCGUUACCGCCAGUUUUUUAAAAAGUACUGCUUAUUCCUCUGUUUACAUGAGUAGUAAUGUGUCCAAUUUUUAAUUGUAAAUUGUAUUAAUUGCAGCUGAUAUUAUUGUACCGAAAACAUUGUCUUUCAGGCAGCGUUUUAUUAAAAUAUCAAUAUUUUUAUACCAUUAUAUAAUAAGAGUCUAAAUAGUCUUCGAAUCUUUGUGUCAUAUUUGAUAUGCUAUAUCUAUAUAAUAUAUGUGCUCUUUCUUAAUUUCAUUUUUAUUAAUAAACGUUUGACUGAUUACAUGCAAUGAUUUAAAGGUGCAUUGUAUAUUAUAAAAAUUAAAAUAUACAUUUGAAUGUUUAAUGUACAUUAUAUAAUUAUUUAUAAUGUACGCAUUAUUGUAAUUAAGAUUUUUGCCAAGUGUUGAUUAUAAAAAAUUGAGCAACAAUCUAAAAAUUUUUGGUUUGAAUUUAAGUUUUUGGUCAUCCUAAUAAUUGUCGCGAGCGAAAAUCCAAAGAGGUGAUUAAAUUAGAGGUUGCUAAAAUUCGCGAUCAAAUCAAUUGUUAAAUCAUUGUGACUCGAUAUAUAUUCGCCGUUUAAAUAAAUCAUAAAUAAUUCUAUAGUAGGCAACGAAAUUAUCGAUGUUAUAUAAAAAAAUUUUAACACAAAGUGUAAUUGUUGUUUGUAUGUAAAAAAAUACGAAACGGCGUGUAAUAGCAAUACAUAUUUUGACUAAAGAUCGUACAGUACUCUUUCGAUUCUGUAUUAAUACUCGUAUAUACGCACAUACACGCACAAAUACGUACAUACGCAUGUACUACAAAUUUUUUCUUUACAGAUUUCUGAUCAGAGUAUUCUAUUAUCGAUUAUUUUGCAAGUUUAUAUGUUUCAACGCGAAUCGUAUAUUUGUACACAUCACAUUUAAAUGUUGUCUGCCGUUUAAUAUAAGAGAUAAAAAUAUUAAAUAAAUCUAUAAAUGUAAAAUUAUAUUGCACUUGCGCGUGCAAGAAUAAAACGUAAGAUUCCGAUUGUAACGAUUAAAAGUUUAUUUGCGCUUUCGCUGUUAUUAUACAUCGUGAAAUUGAAACAAUUGUAUUCCACGAAUGAACUUCCAUUUUCCAUACAGCAUAUAUGCCGUUCUCUAAAUAAAGAUACUACCUUUAUGAUAGUGUUUAAUUAUGAUUUAAUGUAAAGAAUGGCGAAUAAAACAUUUAACGGAUAUCCGACUA